AAUUAAGAGAAAACAUGGGCUCUCUGAACUAUUGAUAUCAGCCCAAAUCAUCUAUGAAACCCUGAGAGUACAAUAGUUAGGGGUUUCAUUUUUUUCACUCUCUCUCGCUCAACCUCUCUCGCUCAGCUCUUCCAUUCCAAAUUUUACGGCAUCCAUCUUGGGCUGGUUGGAGGAGGAGAAGCUCAUUAAUAAUGAUAGUUUGUCUACAAACUAGCGUGAGAUGAAUAAGCAUCUACCAAUAUAUUAUAUUUUUAUUAUUGGAAUUUUGUUCCAAUCAAGAAAAUUAUACUUGUGGGGCUCGAUGACACGUCAGUAAUCCCAUCCCAUGUGGUCGGUUGUAAGAUCCCGAAGCUUCUCUUGUUCUGCUGCAACUCAGCAAUGGAAGCUAAGGUUUUCAAUGCUCAAUCGCUCUCUUUCUUCUUCUUCUUCUGAAGGAAUUCGUGAAGGAGAGUUACUUCAAUUGGACGAAGUGGAGACAAUCCUCAGAGAUGUUAAAGCUGAUAAUGUCAAGGUUAUUCCCAUACCAAAGCACUGCCAUUUUGCCGAUUUCAUGGUUGUUGCUACUGGAAGAUCUGCUUGGCACGUUCGUAACAUUGCUCAAGCCCUAAUUUACAAGGUUAAGCAGAAGCAAAAAGGAUCAAAGAGAAUGUUGUUACCUAGCGUGGAAGGUCAAGAAGGGGGGAACUGGAUUGUAAUCGACUCUGGCAAAUUAGUAAUUCAUGCCUUUGAUGAGAAAGUGAGAGCAUACUACAACUUAGAGAAGCUUUGGAGCAAAGAUGCAUCAAACCAGGACCACGAUCUUGUCCGGCGUCAGGAUCUGAACAAGGCCUUUUCGGAGGUUCUCCCUAAGAAUCCCUAAGAAUAACUCUAAGAAACGGCCCUCUACAAGUGCCUUUGACCUAUGAGCUUUAGCAUGGAAAUUAGCUGUCAUGUUGACUGAUAAAUCCAGCCUCUUCAUGGAAAUGCUUUCUUUUGGAACUUGUUGUAAGUUCAAAGCUUGUAAAUUCCAUUUUCAUUGUGAGUAUGAUUUUGAUAAUGGUAUCCAUUAAACCAUUGAGGUGUACAUUCUCAAAAUAUGUCACAAAGCAGCAGCAAAGCCUUUGGCGUGUAAUAAUUAUUCCAGUUGAAGUAUCCAAAGUUUUUCUUUAACAAAUAUUUUCAUGU